CUAAAAACCAACGUUAGUAUUUUGAGAUUUUUAAGUUGAAAAAGAAAAUAAAAUGAAAACUUGAAAAGUUUCUACCUUUUGAAGUACAACUACUUAGCAUGUGAAUUCAAAUUUUAAUCUAAAUAAGGUGCAAUUAAGUGGAAACAAAUUGGACCUAUGUAGUUAAACCCAUCUCAUGCUAUAAAACAUGCUUCUUGUUGUUGUUGUGAGGAAAAGGAAUAGUGCUGAUUAUUGGAAUUUGGAGUAAUUUGUUAAUGUAACAAAAAAGUAAUAAUACAUGUUUCUUGUGUUGGCCACUUUUAUUUUUUCAAAAUUGGAAGUUUGUUUAACGAUCAUAUAGGGAUGUAGAUAAUAGUAAAUAUUUCUAUGCUAUUGAUCACUUGCUUGAUAUCAGUAAUGUUUACUUUCCAAUUUCUGCACUCUGUAGUUUAGGCCACAUUAAUAUUUUUGUUCCGGCAUAAAUUGCCAUAACAAACUGGAAUCUCUGAAAUUUUCUCAUUGUCCACUAGAAGUCUAUAACGACCAGGCAGGAUUGGAGAAGCGAUUAUAAGGAUUGGUGGAUGUGAUGGUUGUGAAUCCACCUUAUGUGCCAACACCUGAAGAUGUAGUGGGUCGUGAAGGGAUUGCCUCGGCUUGGGCUGGAGGAGAGAAUGGUUGGAGUGUUAUUGAUAAAAUAUUGCCCAUUGCUGACAAACUUUUGUUUGACAGGGGCUGGUUGUAUAUGGUUUUGUAUUACAGCAAACAAUCCCUCAGAAAUAUGCCUUCAAAUGAGAGAGAAGGGUUAUGCAUCCAGAAUUGUUGUGCAGAGAUCAACUGAAGAGGAGAGUCUCCAUGUUAUUAAGUUUUGGCGAGAUUUUGAUAGUCAACCAGUGGGAACUGAAAUGGGGAUAGUGAACAAAAUAGUUCCUGCAAGGGUCAUUGAAUCUCUGCUUUCACAAGUUCCUGGAUUAUCAUUCUGGAGAUAUGGCAACAGUAAUAGUCGCUGGUAUACCAAAAGGUUAAUCUGUGUGAGCGUGAUACUGAAAUGCCAAGAAAGCUGAUGAGGAUACUGAAGAAAUUAAGGGAGGAAGAUCCUGCAUAUUAUCAGCUGUGUCACCUUGUAAGACACAGUGAACAACCAAGAGAAGGUUUCUUUCU